AUGGCGGAACAAAAGUCGGUCGCGAUUGUUGGUGCGGGCAUCUUUGGCUUGUCCCUGGCCGUGGCUUUGAGACACUCUGUGACUGUAUUCGACCGAUAUCGAUACGACGAGUCGACGUACGCCCCCGACCAUGAUUCCGACAUCCAAGCUGCCUCGGUCGAUCACAACAAAAUUUUCCGAGCUUCAUAUGGAACCAAGAUCCAUUACCAACGUCUUGCAGUCGAGAGCCGGCGCGCGUGGGAAGCAAUCGACGAGACAACCCGCAACGACAAUUCAUCUUCACCCCUCUUCAAUGCUUGUGGAAUGCUUCGCGUCCAACCGACCACGCAUCUCGGCGCUCUGGAACGUGAAACCCUGAGUAACAUGGAGCGGGAUGGAAUCAGAGAUACCCAGUUCGUCAAGAGUAACCCCGAGGACAUCAAACGCGCUCAAGAGCGUGGCUGGGAUCAGAAGCUUCUCAACUUCAACAUCCCAGAUACGUCGCCGCAGGAAACGUUUGAGGCAGUCUUAGAUUCACUUGCCGGCUUCAUGCGAUGUAGUCGAGCAUGUGCCUACUUUUAUAAGGAGGCGGUCGCACAGGGAGUCACAUUUCACUUCGGUCCAGAGAAUGGCGCCUUUGACGGCUUGGUCGAGGAGAGCGUUGGCGAGUCUAAGAAGGCGAUUGGACUAACGACCAAGGAUGGCAAGUUCCACAAGAGUGACGUUACAGUCAUUGCAGCGGGCUCGUUUUCAACCCAGCUGUUGCCAGAGCUGUCGUACCACAUCGAGUCCUCGUCAGGAAGCGUCGUCACGUACAAGAUAUCCACGACUGAUGCGGAAUUGUGGGAGAAGUACUCACCCGAGAAGUUUCCUGUCAUCACAUGGAAAUGUGCUCCUCGGGACAAGCAAGGAAAAGACAUGGGGAGCGUUUACGUCUUUCCUCGGACACCUGAAGGCCUGAUCAAGAUUGGAUACCGCGGUAUCAAGUUUACCAAUUUCCAACCAGCUCCUCCAGAGUGUGGUUUCACACAAGACGGGAAAUGGUCAGUUCCUUUGCCGGCCAAAGAGUCUCGUCUUGUUCCAGAGCCUGCUAGAGAGGCCAUUCAGACGUUUGUAUCCAUUUUUCUGCCCGAGUUUGAACACAAAGACUUCUUCUCGACCAAGCUCUGCUGGUACACAGAUACCCUAGAUAACUCCUUUCUGAUCGACUACGUCCCCGCAUACACCGAAAACUCAGUCUUCGCUUGCACAGGUGGAAGUGGACAUGGGGCCAAGUUCCUUCCAGUUCUUGGGAAGCAUGCAGCGGACAUUCUCGAGCAUGGGGAUGAAAGCACCUCGUACAUGCGCCCCUAUUGGCGAUGGCGUGAAGACGCGCGUAGAGGCAACGGACUGGAGGAGGGUCCAAAUGGGCCACGAAACAUUGGUAGAGGCUAG